AUGUUAGGGCCCACCAAAUGGAGACUGCUCACGAUCGUGGCCGGGAUACUGUUGGCGCACGCGAUCGAAUCGCCCCACAGUCGGCCGAGUAACAAGCUGAACGCCCGCCCGGCCCCGGCCACCCGUUCGUUCGCCAGCCCGGAGCUGGGGCUGCGGAUCGAGCAGCUCGGCCCGUGGAGGGCGGCCGGCACGGGCCAGAGCCGGCCGGUGCGGAACCUGCUCGUGCCGCACCAGCUGUUCUCGCAGGUCGACAACAUCCGCUACGUCGACAGCCGUUCGGCCAACAGCCGCAAUCUACCCGGGACGUUCGGGGCGUUCCGAUUCGACGACGCCGCCGCCGACGAUGGUGGGCAGCGGCAGCGCCGGCCGAAGAUGCGCCGCUCGGACGAGACGGUCGACGGGGGCCAGGCGGAACCGGCAGGAUCACCGGAGCAGGGUUACUACGAGUUCCCGAACGCAAGCCGGCCGCAGUCACGCCAGCACCGGUACAAGAUCAUCCCGAUCAGUUACUUCUAUCAGGACGAGGCCGCACCGGCGCCGGGUGAACUGAAGCCCCUUGGGCCGAGCUACCCGCCGAAGGAGACGGCCGAUGAUGAACCGGGCCAUGGUUCGUCCCAGCAACCGGUGACCGGUGACGAGUCGCUCGGCACGUCGACGGGGGAGGGCGGGUACUCGCGCUCCGACACACCCGUUAUUGGGGCGCGCCGAUCCGGCAUCCAGUUUCCGGGACCCCUGAAGGCAGCGGGUGGGUUCACACCGCAAGGCUACAGCGAGGAGAGCCUGACACUCGGCGACAAUCUGGGCAUUUUCCAGCAGCCCGUCAGCACCGCCGACGAGUACGGGGUGGGGCCACCGGACGCGGGUGAGCUGGGGACGUUCGAGACGGGGACGAUCGGUCGCGGUCAGACCCGAACCGCCAGCGACCCGGAUCCGGACUUUACGCGCAGUCUGUACGCCAACCGGUACUUCCGUGACUUCGGGCGGCCGCCAGCGAUCGACCUGCGGCCGGCGGAGUCACUGCCGCGACCCUCGCGGCUCCUCCGGGAACCGGGCGGUCCUUUCCGGGACGACCAGGUAACCAAGUUCGGGGACGUCGGUGGACCAAUCACGGCCAUUCAGCAGCCACGGCCAGGUCCAUUCGGACCGGACGGUGGCAACUUCCGGGCUUUCGAGCCACCCGGUGGCUACUACACCGACAGCCCGUACCAGCAGCAGCAGCAGGUGGGGGCGGGGGGCGCGAAUCGGCCACCACCCUACUUCCCGGCCAAGCUGUACAGCGAGCCGACCCAGAAGAUCUACCAGCCGCUGUGGAAAACCCGCUCGCCGCGAGUCGUCUUCCCGCAGGGCGACCUUUCCGGGCCGUCCGGGUUCGGGGUGGACAAUGUGGUGUUCAGGGACCAGAACUUUGGCCUCAACGAGCUGGCCGCCAUCCAGGACGUGCGGAACGAGUUCAAUCAGGACGACAUCAACGACGAGCCGGCGGCGAGCAGCAAAGACCCGCCAAGCGCUUCCGCAUUUUCCCCGCGCGGUUGCGGAAUAUCGCUGGCGAAGCAGACGGCCCAGCGGCGCAUCGUUGGCGGAGAUGAUGCCGGAUUCGGAUCGUUCCCGUGGCAGGCUUACAUCCGGAUAGGAUCCUCGAGAUGCGGGGGCUCGCUGAUCUCGCGGCGCCACGUGGUGACCGCCGGGCACUGCGUGGCGCGGGCGACCCCGCGGCAGGUGCACGUGACCCUUGGUGACUACGUGAUCAACUCGGCGGUCGAACCCCUGCCGGCCUACACGUUCGGCGUGCGGACGAUCAACGUGCACCCGUACUUCAAAUUCACCCCCCAAGCCGACCGGUUCGACGUGGCCGUCCUGACGCUGGAACGAACCGUGCACUUUAUGCCCCACAUCGCCCCCAUCUGUCUGCCGGAGAAGAACGAAGAUUUCCUCGGCAAGUUCGGGUGGGCGGCCGGCUGGGGUGCUCUCAAUCCGGGUUCGCGGCUGCGUCCCAAAACCCUGCAGGCCGUCGACGUGCCGGUGCUGGACAAUCGGGUGUGCGAACGGUGGCAUCGCUCGAACGGCAUCAAUGUGGUCAUCUAUCCGGAGAUGCUGUGCGCCGGCUACCGGGGCGGCGGCAAGGACUCCUGUCAGGGCGAUUCCGGUGGCCCGUUGAUGCACGAAAAAACCGGCCGAUGGUAUCUGAUCGGUAUUGUGUCCGCCGGAUAUUCCUGUGCCACCCGCGGCCAACCGGGCAUCUACCAUCGGGUCGCCAACACGGUCGACUGGAUAUCGCACAUCACGCAAAUCUCCACGUAG